GUUUUGGAGACAAGCAAUAACCGAUUAUUGAGAAAACAACUAACAGGUUAAUCAGUAAAUAAAAUAAUUGUUAUUUUCAGCCCUAGUAGACACAUAUAAAAUAUAUAAAUAUAAAAUGAUCACCUGUACAGUAUAAUAUGAUCCAGUACAAAAAAAAUAGUUUUGUGAAGCCUAUAAUGUGUCCACAAGAAGUUGAUUUAAUUCUGGAACUUUUAAAAAGUAAUUCAGUCCAGUGCAACACUACCACAAGAAACUCCAGCCUCAUAAUUUACCAAGUCUAAAUAAUAUGAACAAUGUUUAAGUAUGUAAAAGUAAAAGAGCUAAUUAUAAUUCAUUGGAUUAUGUUAAAUAGCUACAGUUUUGAAAUGACACGAGUUAGUAUUAAUUUCUAUUAAGUAUCCACUAUCCAGAUUUACAUCGGAACAGAGCAUUUUGAUAUUUGUCAGAGUUCAUGUUCAGUAUAAUUAACUUUGUUGGGAUAACGGCGCCAUCUUGAGGCCCACACUUCUCUCUGUGCAUGCUGAUGGGCUGCUUAUCGGUCAUCCAUUAGCUUUCCUUGCAGACAAUGAUUACAAGUGAACGAUCCAAAGUUCGAUACAAGUCUCAUAAACAUUGUUAUAAGAGCAGCAUCAUGUCUCUGAAAACCUUUUCCUGCAGAGCUUUGUUUAAAUUUGUGAACCAUUGUCUCGUCCCUUUGAGCAAACCGCUCAGUGCACGAGAUGCAGUGGCUGUCGUGAUAGGACCGAGCUCCGCGCGGGGCUACUACAACAACACCGGGAAACCCAGGUGCCCAGUAUCGGGCGGGGCGGCCCACGUCCGGGUGGUGGACCUCCGCAGCGACACGGUGACCAAGCCCGGGUCGGCAAUGAGGCAGGCCAUGGCAGAGGCCGAGGUCGGAGAUGACGUGAUGAGCGAAGACCCGAGUGUAAACGAGUUACAGAAAAUUGCAGCUGAUAUGUUUGGGAUGGAGGCCGCUCUGUUCGUUCCCUCUGGAACCAUGAGUAAUCUCAUCGCAGUGAUGGUGCACUGCAGGGAGCGAGGCGACGAGAUGAUUGUAGGCGAUCUGUCACAUUUACACAUCUAUGAGCAAGGAGGGAGCGCACAGCUGGCUGGUGUCCACGCCACCAUAGUGACCACCCUCACUGAUGGCUCAUUUGACCUGGAGCAGCUGGAAUCGAAGAUCCGCCACGGUUACCCCGACCCCCACUACCCCCGCUCACGCCUCAUAUGUGUUGAGAACACACACAACAUACAGGGAGGGCGUGUGCUACCUCUGACCUUCCUGCAGGAGGUUCGUGCUUUGGCAGAUAGAUACGGUCUGUCAGUUCACAUGGAUGGAGCCAGGGUGAUGAACGCUGCUGUGGCCCAGGGGGUUCCUCCAUCCAACAUACUGCAGCACACACACACUGUGAGUGUGUGCCUCUCCAAGGGUUUGGGUGCCCCCGUGGGAACCAUGCUAGCUGGACCCCAAGACUUCAUAUCCCGGGCCGUGCGGUGCCGUAAAGCCCUGGGUGGGGGGAUGCGGCAGGCUGGUAUACUGGCAGCAGCUGGAAAACUGUCUUUACUAAAGAUGGUAGGACGACUGGAGGAGGAUCACCACAAUGCAAAAACUUUUGCUCAAGCUCUGCUCGACUGUGACCCUCCUCUAUUCGCUGUAGACAUGGCCGCCGUGGAGACAAACAUCCUGCGUUUCCGUCUACAGGAGACCAGUUUAAGCCCCUCUGAGUUCUGUGCUCGCAUGAGUGAGGUUGGCGAGGGAGAGGAGGCAGCACUGGGACAGGGGAUACAAGUUCUCAUGUACCCCCAUUUUGAAAAUUCAGUACGGGCUGUAUGGCAUCUUGGCAUUUCCCCUGAAGAUACCCAGCUGGCCAUCCAGAAAAUGCAAUUUGUGGCUUCUCAGUUCUUGAAGGAUAAAGUCAGGGCCCAGUGAAGCCUGAUACUUCUCAAAAUGUGUAGUUCAAUCACUAGGACUGAUCAUAGAACAUUUUCACAUAUGAAUCUAGAAAGAGACUAAAUUAUGUCAACACAUAACACAUCAAAUACUGUACAACUGGAGUCACUUUGGAUAUCUUUAUGUAAUUAUUAAUUUCAUUGAAUUCAGAUUUUUGUAAUCCUUAUUAAAUAUAUUGAACCAA